AAACAAAACCGCUUUAGAAAGCAUGGGCCUUCUCUGCAUGAAUCAAUAUUCCAGCCCUGUCCUUGCUAUUCAGCAAUGAGGCCAACUAGAGGAGGGGGGAGUGAGCUGGGGCCAGGGGGUGUUGGUUAUCACAGAGUUAGAAUCCCAUUGGUGACUGGGACAGAAAUGAUCUCUAUAUGUCUGAGUGGGAAGGAGCACAUAGAGACACAGUGAAACAGCCUGGCGCUCACAGACACCAGACUCGGGACAUCUGUUUGCGUAUGCUGGAGCUGCAUCACCCGGGAGAUUGUGACGGAAUGGCAAAUCCAAAACUCAAGUGGCUGAUCGUGAUUCAGCUCUUGCUGCUUGAAUGCAUCCACUCCCAGCCUGCCACUCCGCCGGGCCGGAAGGUCCUGCGGUACCAGAAUAUGACCCUGGAGGGAGACCGAAAGCCAGAGCUGCUGCUGACCGCCUCUGGACCUACCCUGCAGGCUGGCCUCCCAGGAUCCCCAGGACCAGAUGGAGACUCAGGUAUUGAGGAAGAGACACCUGAAGGGACCCUCCGUCUGGUGAGGAGCAUCAUGAUGAUGCUCCGGGAGAAGAUGCGACCCAUCAGCCUGGAGGGCAGCAUUAGCUGUGAGGAGCUCCUGGCAACAGCGACACUGGACAGCUCUGCAUCUGCUCUCUUCCCCCGCGAGCUGCUGGGGCUGUCCCUAGUGCCAGUUCUGGUGGCUGCUGGCUGCUCUAGGGAGGCCCAGGUCCUGGUUCUGCAGCUGUUUGAAAUACUGGGCCAGGAGGAUACAGAGGAGCUACUGCUUGACUUGGAUGAGCUGUUGGAGAGGAACCGCAGGCUGCAAGCCACCAGCUCCCCCAGCGGGGCAUGGAGGGAGUCACACCUACGAGCUGUUAUGUUCAACAUCCAGCAGCUGGCCAGGACUGAGGAGGAGUGGGGUCAGAACUUGGGAGAUAGAGUGACUGGGGGGGACGAUGAGUGUCAGGGCUGGAUAAGGGUGAAUGGAACUCAGCUCCUGGGCCAGACGGCUGAGGAGGAAGGGGAAAUGGCAGCGGCAGUGCGUGCCUGUGAGCUUCUGGGCCACAAGUGUGCCGGUGUGUCCCCUGGUGUCACUUUGGGCCUUUACAGGGCAGUGUUGAGAAGACAAAGCCGCGUGGUGCCCUCUACUGGCUCGGAGAGCUGGAUCCGAGAGUGUGGGCUGCCCCGCGCUGGACGUGUCACGCGCAGCACCGAACAAGACUGCGUGGACAAGAGAGAGGAGCGUGUCUACAGCGUAGUGGAGUGGAUCCCCGCAGUGAGCACGCUCUACGGCCUGGGCACUGCUGUUUACUACGCGUCUGUCAAUUGCUCUACCACGGCAAAGGAGAGGGCCCUCCUCAGCGCUGUGGACCUGGGCACCGACGCCCUGAUGGCUGUGACGGGGGGCACAGUGGGGGUGGCAGGCUAUGCGCUGGGGGCUGGCGUGAAGACGGGCGUGAAAGCAGGGAUCAAGUACCUCCUCAAGAACAUGAACAGCAAAGAGGACAUAAUCAUGAACCAGAAUAUCUGGUCCACCACUUUUACUAUUGAGUAAUGUUUCAUAGAGGACAUUUCCUCUGCUUAAUACAGGUUGAAUAUUCACCCUCGCUCCAAAUACAGACUAUAAAGGUAGUACCCAUCCCCAGUCCUGGUCCCAGAGUGGCCCCAAGCACAGUGGAAUAUUGAUGAAUACCGGAUCAUUUAUUUGGUGAAGUUCUAUUUAAACUGAAGUUCUGCUUCAGUUUAAGCAUAAAUUGGGAAAGGAAAUUCUAAGCUUGAAAUUUUGUUGUUACUCAUUAAUUUUUACCAUAGACUAGUUCCUCACAUAAUGUGCUAGCAAGAGAUUCACAGAACCAGGCUUAUACUGUUUAUUGAAAUAAUUUUCAGUGGAGACAGAGACGGACCUCAGCGUUUCUCUAGACUGAGAGAAAUGUCCACAGCGACACGAUUAUUUUCUGGUAAAAGCAUAACAGGGAAAUUCCGUUAAAGAUUAAGAAUGAGUCAGCCUUUUUUAGGUUUUCAAACAGACAACCAGUAGGUAAAUCAGUGCAGGUUUUUGUAUAUACAGCAGGCAGUGACACCCAUUAAUCAGAUUUUCACAAAUAGUUUUAAGAAUCAUUGUAGAUCUUAGUUAUUUCUUGUAGAUCUUUCAGAGUAUCCAGAUGUACCUACACAGGACAAUAGCAGGUCUUGUAAAAAAGGAAGAACCUCAAUUAACUUAGACUGCAAUAUUGUAACUGAAGUGUAACAGAAAUAUUUGUCAUUGAAUGUGAUAUGUAAAUUUGAAAUGUAGAUCCUUUAAAUUUACACAACCUGACUUUCAGCCAGCGAGCUUAUUGUGUUUCUAUUUUUAUUGCUUUUGUAUCCAGUUCAGUUCAACUCAUUAGGCAACAUAGGCCACACAGGGCGGCAUUUCCGCCAGCUUAGCUGAUUACACUUUGUUUUGAACGGGGGGCACAACGCAGGGGGCACAACGCAGGGGGCACCACAUGGGCUAUGACUGGCCCUGAGUAUACCGCAGUUUCCUGAAAUGACUUUUAAAAUUUCAGCUAUAAUUAUUGCAAUCCCCAUUAUGUAAACCAGAUGGAACUUCGCCAUGCUGUGUGUGAUUUACGCUCCAUGAUGCAAUUUGUGCCAGGAAUGUACAGUAAAGAAGUCAAAAUGAA